AAACACAUUCUCCGUUCGAAUUUAAUUCUCUUUUACUAAGAGGAUUACAAGCAGUACAUUAAUUAUUUUAUGUCCCUUUACAAGCAUAACAGUUACUAUAACACUCUAAAUUUAGCAUAAAAAUAUUACUAAUGCAAAUUGGGCUGUCAGGUUUAUCUUAAUGAUAAGGUGGACAUAAGCAAGAAUUAUCAGUCCCUAAAUCACGAAAAGAUUAAUCAGGACAUUGCGUGCAAUGGUCGGUUUUUAGAGUACAAGAGGAACAACGAUAUGAACAUUCUAACUUAAAUGAAAAAUUCACUUUAACACAUAGGAUCAGUAGUUGAUACUUCCAUUGUGUUAUCCAUGCAGAUACACUUAUUUGCUUUCAUAACUCUAUUUUUAGCGGAAGAGCAAGUGAUACAACCAUCAACUUUAGCAGAAUAACACGUGAGACAGGUAUAAUGGCAUUCUAAUAGUUAGUAGUUAAUAAUCAAAUGAACAUUGCAGAGCUCCUGUACUGUAAUAAC